UGGGGACUGAAGAGGAAAAAGAUUCCCCUCUCUCUCAUCUGCACAUUUUAGAGAGAGAGAGAGAGAGAGGUAGGCUUUGAAAUGGACUAACCCUCCAUUUUUCUUCAGAUUCAACCAAAACCCAUCUCUCAAAUCCGAGAAAUGUUCCAUUGAAAUCGAAAUCUUCCCAUGAUUUGAGGCAUUAAAGAUGAAAUCCCAGAUGGGUUCUUACUCCAAACCCUUCUUGUUCUUCUUGUUCUUCCUUGUAUUCCUUGUUUAUGUUGCUUGUUUGGUUGAAUCUGGUUCUGAUUACACCACUUUGGUCUACAAGGGCUGCGCCAAACAAGGAUUCUCAGAUCCAAAUGGCGUUUAUUCACAAGCCCUUGCUGCUCUGUUUGGCUCUUUAGUUUCACAAUCUGCCAAAGGUUCGAAGUUUUACAAAACCACUUCCGGCACCGCCGGAACUGCCAUCACUGGCCUCUUCCAGUGUCGAGGGGACCUCAGGAACUCCGAUUGCUAUAACUGUGUAAGUAAGCUCCCGGAAUUGGCUGAUAGUCUGUGCGGCAGAACCGUUGCCGCUAGAGUUCAGCUGUCGGGCUGCUAUUUGGUGUAUGAGUUUCCUGGGUUUACUCAGAUUUCAGGGUUUGAAAUGCUGUAUAAAACUUGUGGGGCUACGAACAUUGCUGGAAGUGGGUUUGAGGAGAGGAGGGACACGGGUUUGUCUGUGUUGGAGAAUGGCGUGGUGAGUGGCCAUGGAUUUUACACUACUAACUAUCAAUCUCUGUAUGUGUUGGCGCAAUGUGAGGGAGAUUUGGGGGAUUCGGAUUGUGGUGAGUGUGUGAAGCAUGCUGUCCAGAGAGCUCAGGUUGAAUGUGGGAGCUCAAUUUCAGGGCAAGUUUAUUUGUAUAGGUGCUUCAUCAGCUACAGUUACUACCCAAAUGGGGUUCCUACGAGAUCGUCCACUCCCUCGUCUUCUUCUUCUUCAUCAUAUUCUUCAUCUCCAUCAGGGAUGGGGCAAAACACAGGGAAGACAGUGGCAGUGAUAUUAGGAGGGGCAGCAGGAGUGGGAUUUGUGGUCAUGUUCUUGCUUUUCAUCAGAGGUUUGAAGAAGAAACAUGAUGAUUAUUGAUACAGGGGAAAGAGUGAAUGUUCUACUGAGGUUGGAAAAAGAAUCAAAUCCCUUUGAUCUCCUUUUGCUUUUGUUUUAGAAAGAUAAUGUGUUCUUGUGGGGACUUGGAUUUUUUUGGGUUGACAAAGACUGUUCAUUCCACUGGGGUCAGAAGCUUUUCCUGAGAAGAGAAGAAGGAAUCAAUGCAUGGAAGGAAUGAUACAAAGA